CUGAGGCCGAGCGGUGCUUUCUGCCUCCAUCUUGUGACCGAGUUUGUGGCCGCCUCCCGCUCCUCCCCCCCCCCCGCACGUUGCUCCACUUGGGCGCCGGCGCUCCGAAAGAGGGAGCUGAGGAGGCGGCUGUACAAUUGUCGCCGGAGCGAGGGGGCUGGAAAGGAGCCCAAGCCUGGAGCUGAUGAUGGCCGAUCCAGGCAAGAUCAUAACAUAAAGAUCGUGAUAUUCAAUGAAGUGCAAGUUUCAAAUGUGUCACCUCGGACCUAACACAGCUGAAGAAAGAAGUACAUACUCGUAAUGCCAGUGUAGACCAAUGGCUGUUGUCUACUCUGGUUUUAAACCAAAACAAUCAAACCAAAAUGAGAAGGAGCAACACACAAUGUGCAUACAGGAUGUGGUUUCCAAAUAACUGAAGUGUGAAGCAAACCUCAUGAAUUUCAACCACAGAGAUUCAGAAAACAUCACUGAUGUUUGUCCUAAUGAAGAUCUCGCUGAAGUUGAGCUGGUGAGCAUGCUGGAGGAACAGCUGCCUCAAUACAAGUUACGUGUGGAUUCUUUAUGUCUCUCUGAAAAUGCCGACUGGACCCAGUCUCCAGGCCGCCACAGUCAUGUCUCUGAAAUCUCUUCUCCAGUUCUUUCUGAAGAGACCAUCCGUUACAUGACUCUUCUUGAACUUCCCCCUUCUUCCUUGGCCGGACCUCGCAAACAUGCCCAAGUUCUUGGCACGGACAGACGAGAGCUGGUGACAAACAAUUGCAAUGAUGUUGAAGUGGUCACACAUCUGCUGGCUGAGAGAGAUCGGGACCUUGAAUUGGCAGCACGAAUUGGACAAGCCCUACUUAAACGGAACCAUAUCCUAACUGAGCAAAAUGAAGCUCUGGAAGAACAACUGGGACAAGCCUUUGAUAAGGUUCACCAGCUGCAGCAUGAACUAACAAAAAAAGAUGAGCUGCUUCGUGUCGUGUCCAUUGCUUCUGAAGAAAGCGAGACGGACUCCAGCUGUUCCACGCCCCUGCGCUUCAAUGAGUCCUUCAACCUGUCACAGAGUCUUCUACAGUUGGAUAUAUUGCAGGAUAAACUCAGGGAACUGGAGGAGGAAAACAUUUCUCUUCGGACAAAGGCCUGCCAUCUGAAGACUGAAACCAUGACAUACGAAGAGAAGGAGCAGCAGCUGGUCAGUGACUGUGUCAAAGAGAUCAGGGAAACGAAUGCUCAGAUAGCAAGAAUGAGUGAGGAGCUGGCAAGGAAGAAUGAAGAGCUGCUUCAGUACCAGGAAGAGAUCUCAUCCCUCUUGUCCCAGAUUGUUGAUCUUCAGCAUAAAAUUAAAGAGCAUGUAAUUGAAAAGGAAGAGUUGAAAUUGCACCUACAAGCUUCCAAAGAUGCCCAGAGACAGCUGACAGCAGAGCUGCAUGACUUGCAAGAGCGGAGUGCAGAGUGUCUGGGGAUGUUGCAUGAAUCUCAGGAAGAAGCGAAGGGGCUUCGCAGCAAAGCCAGGCACGCCGCCCUUCUCUGCCGCCCACAGUCAUGCGGAGCCUUUCCUGUGGAGUCUUUGGCAGCAGAGAUUGAGGGAACGAUGCGAAGAGAGCUGAGUCUGGAUGAGGAAUCCCUCUCUAAGCAAAAGGUUCAACAGAAGCGCAUAUUUGAUACUGUCAGAGUUGCCAACGUUGCCCGUGGCCGUUCCGCUUUGUGUCCUGCCCCGCUACCCAUUCCAGGCUCAAAUCGCUCAAGUGUUGUCAUGACGGCAAAGCCUUUCCACUCUGACUUGAGGCACGUGGAAGGAAAGACGACUCCGUCUCAGAAGACCAGCUCAGAGAACCUUUCCAACAGGGAAGCUCAAAAACUCAGCCAUCCUGGCAUCCCUGGACAAAAUGACUUAGCCACUGCUCUACACAGACUUUCCCUCCGUCGGCAGAACUACUUGAGCGAAAAGCAGUUCUUUGAAGAGGAAUGGGAGCGCCAGAUGUCUUUGCUGACUGACCAGAAAGAAGAAUUUAGUGGCUGUAGCACCCCAGUGGAGAGCUGCCUUUCAUUGGGGAGCAGUACAGAACUGACUGAUUUCUCUGGUACCUCCAGCAACAGCUUACGUUCCCUCCUCCCAGACAAACUGCAGAUUGUCAAGCCCCUCGAAGGUUCUCAGACCCUGUUCCAUUGGCAACAGUUGGCUCAGCCUCACCUCGGCACAAUUCUCGACCCACGCCCCGGCGUUGUGACAAAAGGUUUCACACCACUGUCCGAAGCUGACGGCUACCACCUCUCUGAUUUUGAAGAAGACGAGGAAGAGAGGGAUGAAGGCAUCACCUUCCAAGUGCAGCAGUCCCCUCUUGAGGAAAAGAAACUCACAGUGCCAAAGUCAUUGGCAGGAAUCUUUCUUCCACCUACUAAUUUAGCAACAGUUUCCCUAGCUGCUUCAAAUCCAGGAAAAUGUCUCUCAUCUACAAACUCUACGUUUACUUUUACCACCUGUAGGAUUCUCCAUCCAUCCGAUAUCACUCAGGUCACCCCCAGUGCUUCAUAUGCCCCUUUGUGCUCUGGAAGUGGCAGCAGUUCAAGCAGUACAGUCACAAGCUCCCCAUCCGCGUCCUACAGGCUUAGUAUUGGAGAAUUCCUGACAAGCACAAGAGACUCGACCAUCACUUUCAGUACAAGCUUAGCUAAGCUUCUGCAAGAGCAAGGCAUCUCAGCCAAGGUCUACAACAGUCCAGUCUUGGAGAAAGUGCCGCCGUUUCAGUCUCUCAAGAUACUUGCCGUUCCCUCAACGCCGCCCAAUUCUCCUCUGCAUUCCCCUUGUCCUUCCCCUUUGCCGUUUGAGUCCCGAGUAAAUGCGUCCGAAAACUUUUUGGCCUCUCGGCCCGCCGAAACGUUACUGCAGGAGAUGUACGGACAGAAAACCUCAAAUCCUCCCGACGCAGGACAGCUGAAGAUGAACCUGGUGGAGAGACUGAAGAAGCUGGGCAUUGUCAGAGCUGUCAAACAGCCGGAGGCAGGGGACAGUGGGAAGGUUCAGGGGGCCAAGAGUGGUCUCCACCGGCCUGACUCUGCUGCAUAUGUAAAUGCAGGCAGCAAUCUGAUGGGUGGGCUGAGAAGGAACCACAGCCUUCCCGUCUUGAUCGGGGCACUUGGAGGUCCAGUGAGCACAUCCUCCGCAAAAAUGGGAAUUCUAGAGGAGAACUGAGCAGUUCACCAUGGUGGACCUUUAGCAGAGGAAAUAAUACAAAAUGCAUGGACUUGGGGAUGUAGGUUAAGAGGAGGUUUAAAAAGAGGGUUGUUGUAGGAGGCUGGUAUAUGGCUAAAGUAGGGGAGGGAGGACUUUGCAUGGAGUAUGGAAAAGAAGUCAUACAUUUUAAGCGAGAGGAGGAAAAGGAAGGAAACCAAAGUUCAGUUUUGAGAGCACUGAAAUUUCUAAUCGUCCCUCAUGAUCAAUAGGAGGGCAGCACAAACAAAUUCAUUGCAUUUUCAAGCUUUGUAUGGAACAGUAAAUAUCUACGCAAGUCUUGUAUCUUCUGUGUAUUUUGUCAGGUGCUGUCUGAGAGAUGCUGCCACUGAAAUGUAAUUUUAAGGAAAGGGGCAGAAGGGGCAGUGUCACAGCCACUCUCCCAGUAAUGCUGUCGCUGCUGCUGACCUGGACAGAGCAGGGCAGGGAGGUCAACGCUGCACAGGGACACUGGUGAGAAUGCUGGAUUGGGUCCGCCAGUGCACCUGCACAGCCCUGACCUCAAUGGUGCCCUGCUCCUUCCAGGUAUGUGGCAGAAGCGCCAGAGUCUGGAGGGCAGUACUGCUGCACCAUUCCAGCUUCUCCUGCAGAGGAGCAAAAUAUCUGUUAAAUACUGGUCCGAAAUGUUUUUAGGAGAGAGCACAGCUUCAUUUGUGAAUUUAAAAUACAAAUACCAAUGGAAUGAAUAUGGGCUCUCCUAAAAAUGAAGCUUCACAAGCUUAGCAGAGAAAAUACUUGUGAUAGGUAAUUCAUAUUUAGCAAGGCAUAAUUAUGACAACAUGUCCUGUUGCACAAGUUAAAAAAAGAAAACCCCUCUCAGGCAAAUAUUUACAAGGAAGUAAAAUCGAGGUCCUUUAUUUUAGGGUACAUUAUUUACUUAGAUCGGGAGCAUAUAUUUAGCAGAAACAGAGCAAUGUGUUUGACGUUCUCCAUCUAUGUUUGGGACAUGUUGAAUACUGGAAUGGUCUUUUCCAUAGAUGUAUGACACAACCUUAGUCUGAAAUGUCCGUGGCUCCAAGCCACAGUCUGGGAAGAUCACUUUUAUAGCUAAAUCAGUUUUCUUCUGAUUCUUGGUAGACUUCGCCUGCACGGCUUUCAUAGAGGAGAAAAUCAAAUGCACAAAGCAACAUGCAUAACUUUCCGUGUUAAUGUGGAACCAAGAUAGCAGUGGUUUCUUUUCAUGCUGCAGUAGACAAAAGCAUUGGGAUUGCUAAAAGGAGAGGAAGAGAAACCUUUUCCCGUUGAUAAGAUAAUGUUCUGAAUGAAUUCUUCUGUGAUGGAAAGUUUUGUUUUCUUUUUUUGUUUUGCCAGAAUGAGCAGAUAGAAAUUUGGUCUCACUCGGGAUAGCUUGGAUGUGAGGCAAAGGCAGGAGAAGGGAAGAGGAAGCACGCCUAACUUGGGUACCUCACCGUUUUCACACUUUCUGUGUGACGGCUGAAGUGGAAACUUGAGAUGCAGGACCUCUAUGCACAUCUAAAAGGUGUGAGGAUAUUCCAAAUCGUGAUACGCUUGCAGUGAGCUCCAUGGUAAAAUAGAGCACAAACGGUGGCUGGGUGACCUGAAAAGACCUCCAGUUACUUCAAGUUAUAACCACAAAUUCUGAACAAAUUAACUGCAAACCAAGCCAUCAGGUCUUUUAUAUCCAUGUGUGAUUUGCAACAUGAUUUUUCUCCUCUUAACCAAUCCCUUAGGUGGGGAUUUCUGGUGGUUUCUGUAAAGCAAAAGUUUCCACAAACAUUUACACCCAAGUGCUUUUGUCAACUGAUCUCCCUCAGUAUCACCUAUGAGCAUAUAUAAUAGCUCCAUGGGUUGUGGAAACUAAAUGAAAUCCUGUAAAUAGUAAAUGUUUAUUUAUAAAUUACUAUUAACUGUAUACGGGUUGACUACAUUUUAAAUGACAAGCACGUUCUGAAAAUCUGAAAGCGCUCGGAGUGCAUUUCCUUCUCGGUGUAUGAAACCUUGCAUUCCUUGGCAAGAAAAAUAAAAAGGGAAUUUUCUUUAAUUUCUUAAACGUGGAGUCCAACACAUCCUGUUGUGUUUCUGCAACAGUAGAGAAAGAUUAGGUAAUGACAUGGUAGCAUUUCCCCAGGAAAACCAGCAAUACUUGGAGGGAAACAAGCACAACCUUUCUGCUAGCAAGUUAAGGUAUGUCUGAUUUAUGUAAUCUGUAAAUUCUUUCCGCAAUCUUUUGAUUAAAAUAAUAAUAAUCUAGGAUGAGUGGAUUUCUAACGGGCUUUCGUGUAACUGCAUCUGUUUUUAAGUUAUACUGUAUGCACCCUGUUAUCCGUGGAUGAAGCAGACCAUAUUCAUGUAAAAUUUAAUUUUGUAUAUUCAAUAAAUGCAUGUUCAUCUGUUCAAAGAGAGCUUUCCCCCCUCCCCUUUCCAA